AUGAGUUCAUCGAAUGGUGGUUGUAGAGGAUAUGUUGGUACAACGGGUUAUAUGGCGCCUGAAAUUUUAGAGUAUUUAGGUGAACAAACAUAUACUACAAAGGUGGAUAUUUAUGCUCUGGGAAUUUUAAUCUGUGAAAUGAUUCAAUUAGAACAACCGUAUAAAAAAUCAUCCUCUAUGUUAUAUCGACUAACUCAAGAAGUUAUAUCAGGUGUACGCCCUGAAAUCCCAUUACAUUUCAUUAAACGUUGUCCAUCUGCACUGAUCGAUUUAAUGACAUACUGUUGGGCAUCUGAUCCAAACAGACGACCAACAGCUGAACAAAUUGUCCAAUUAACUAAUCCAUGGUGGUUGUCUUCAGAUAGAACAAUGUUAUCAAUGAUGAAUAAAAAUGAUAAGAAGAAAUUCGACAUUGAUCAUACUUCCCCUGUGAAGAAAUCUAUGAAUGAACAAAAAUUUGGUGGUAACACCACUGUCCACAGUUCUACCUUCACAGCAAAUACUGCCUUGAAUAGUUUCAGUUAUAUUCAAUCAGUGAAUUGUAUUGAUGCUUUAGAUGUUAUAACUUGUGCUUUGGUUGAUGAAUACUAUAACCUUUGGCUUGGCGGUUAUUCAAAAUCACCACUGUCAUCAUCAUCAUCUUCGUCAAAUGACAGUAAUGAUGCUACCCAAUCUAUUCAUCAACUUGGUUUACUGUUCAUCAUAUCUCUGACUUUAGACGAUGCCACCGCUUCAUCUUCAUCAUGCUGCCUUUUAUCCUCUUGGCCUACAGUUCCUGUAAUAAAACAAUAUUCUCAAGGCUUUAUCAAAUAUGAAACAAUUAGUAAGGUGAUCGAUUGGCCAAUUCAUUUAUGCGCAUUGAACAAUAAUAAUAAUACUCGUAAUAGGGAUAGUCAUUUGAUGUCUUCCAAUGAAGAUAUUGGUCAUCCAGACAGACUGACAAUGUUUGUGGCAUGUUUAACGUAUUUAGGUGAAUUGAGAAUUUAUCGACCACAGUACAAAACUAUGGAAUAUAUAUGUUUAUUAAAAAUACAAUUAUCAGAAGAAUAUACAAAACCUGACAUCUCUACGCCAGUCAAUAAAGAGUCUGGAAGCCAUUUCCAAAGUGUUAAAUGCAUGCUUGCCUAUCUGACAAGUAAUUUUCAUCCGCUUCACUUCAGUUAUCAUCGUCACCUCUCGUCAUUAUCACCAGCAUCAACUUCGUCGACGUCGACGCCGCCGACGCCCUUGCCACCAGUAUCUUCCAUUGGUUGUAUUCAUUUUAUCUUGUGUUUAUCAGUCCCAAAAAUUUGUAUAAUCAGCGUCAAUAUUUUAUCUCCUCCCUUAGUAUUGAAAUGUAUGAAUACAGUUUGUAUUAGUGUAGAUCAACCUGUUUAUACCGGUGUUAUUCUUCCAGAAAUUUGUGGUUAUGAUGUCUGGUUUAGUCAAAAUGGUGGCAAGCUAAUGUGUUAUACAUGGGACAAUGCUCUACAUGAGACUGGCUAUUCCCCCUCCUCGUCCUUCCCUUCAUCCUUAUCGAGUUGUCUUAAAUAUCGCUCAUCCUGGUCUGUACCAUCGUCGAGUGAUUCAAGAUCAUCCUGUUUAUUAGUGACUCAUUUUCUACUUGAAAACUCGUCGCAAGUUGUCGUUAGCAACAAAGGUCGUUUAGCUCAAAAUAACCGAAGACAGUAUGAAGAGGAAGGCGUUUAUGUUUGGACAUAUUUAAGACCAGACGGCAGAUUAGACUGUUGGUCAGUUGCUACACAGAAUCUAAUGAAAAGUAUCAAUUUAGCUGGUUAUAUAAACCAACCCGGUACACAGGAAGUGUCAAUGUCAGAAAUGUUUGGUUCAGUUCGUGCAAUGGAAUGGCUUAACUCUCCAACAAAUGUUCUACUGAUCACAACCAAUGGCUAUUUAUUGCAUAUCAAUGUAACACAUAUCAAUACUGUCAAUAGUCAUAAUAUUCAUAAUAAUAACUCAUCGUUAGCUGUGGCUAGUGACAGUGAGAAUAGUUCAUCAAAUCUUGCAAAUCACCCAUCCACACCAUCACCAAAGUCGUCAUCAUUAGCGUCAUUGUCAACACUCUUCGAUAUUCAUUCACUACAUUAUCAUGGAUUGAUGACAGAUAACGAUUUUGUUUUAAUUGUUCCACUGACCUUGAAAUCAAAAGAGCGGUUGAAUCAAACAUCAACGACAGAAGCGGGAAAAUCAUCAUCUAUGCCUUAUAUACCAAAGCGUAUUUUGACUAUAGCCAAAGGUUUUUUAAACCCUUUAUUGUGCGUAAAUCCCUUAGCGUCUUCUGUUGCGUCGUCGACUUCUUUCAAUGUAAAUACUAUCCAUACAGGUAACAAAUACACUAAUACGUCUAUAAGUAGUCAAACAGAGAAGACAAUAGAGAAUCUGAAUCAAGAAAAAUAUUAUUUAGUCAAAUUAUUCAAUGAUAAAUUUUUAUUCUCAUAAAGACAGUUUUUACUUUUUCUGGUAAUGCUGUUUUUUCCAAGAUUUGUGUACAUAAUCUCGUCUUCCAGUCAUCACUUAAUCUAUUUCUGUUUAAGUCUUUCCCUCUGCCGUCUUUUAACCAUGAAUUUUUAUAUACAUUUUGUACUUGGACAUCUCCGUUUUAGAUAGCUACAAGAGAUUAAUCAUUAUUUUUGUUUUUAUUAUACUUCAUCGACAUUUUUUACCCCAAAGGUGGUGGAUUUUUUUACGAAAAUAAUUAUAUUACUAAUAGUAGUACGUUAACUCUCUAGUCGAAGUUUUUUGUUUUAAAAAUCUGUGAUACAAAAGUUAUAUUAUUAUAUAAAUAUGCAGAAAUGUUG